AUGUCGUUCAAGUCGGAGGCCAUCGUCGCCAGGGGCCCCUUCUCCGAGGGGAAAUGGGCCAUUGAGCCCGUGACACUUCGAGAGCUCCGUUCCGAUGAGGUUCUCGUCGAGAUCGUCGCCUCGGGCAUCUGCCACACGGACCUGCACUGCGGCAACACGCCCGAGGACAAGGGCGUCCCCGGCGUGUACUACCCGCGAGUUCUCGGGCACGAAGGCUCCGGCUACGUGGUCCAGGUCGGCAGCGGCGUGACAAAAGUCAAGGCCGGCGACGCCGUGUUCCUGUCCUUCUCGUACUGCGGGUCGUGCCACGUGUGCAAGACGGGCCCGCCGUCGCACUGCACCAACUUCUUCGAGAUCAACUUCAUGGGCGAGCCCGUGUUCGAGGGCGGCAUCGGCGGCCGCUUCUUCGGGCAGUCCAGCCUGGCGCGGCACACGGUGGUGAGCGACAAGUCCGUGGUCAACGCCGCGGGGCUCGGGCUCACGCGGGACGACCUGCGGCUGCUGGCGCCGCUCGGGUGCGGCCUGCAGACGGGCAGCGGGACGGUGGUCAACGUGGCCAAGGCCGGGCCGGACGACUGCGUGGCCAUCGCGGGCAUGGGCGGCGUGGGACUGGCGGCGGUGAUCGCGGCGCGGAACCGCGGGUGCCGGACCAUCAUCGGCAUCGACCGGGUCGCGUCGCGGCUCGAGCUGGCGAGGACGCUGGGCGCGACGCACGUCAUCGACACUACGGGGCUCGAGAUGGCGCAGGUGACGGAGAGGAUCCGGGAGGCGGCCGACGGGCUCGGGGCGACGGUGUGCAUCGACACGAGCGCGCACCCGCCGCUGCUGGAGGCGCAGGUGCUGGGCACGCGGUACAUGGGGAAGAUCAUCCAGGUCGGGACGGGCAUGCCGGAGGCUCACCUGUCGCUUCACAUGCAGAGCUUCAUGGUCAGCGGGAAGCAGUACUUCGGCGCGGUGCAGGGCCACGUCAACACGGCCGAGUACGUGCCCCAGAUGGUGCAGUGGUGGAGGGAGGGCAAGUUUCCCGUCGAGAAGCUCGUCAAGGUGUUUGACUCGGCCGAUUUUGCGUCGGCCGUGGAGGCCAUGAAGCGCGGGGACGUGGUCAAGCCGAUUAUUGCAUGGUCAUAA